ACGUAUCCGUUGCAGGAGGAGGAGGAGGAUGCAAUAAUGAGAGGGAACACCAAGAAAAGAUGGUGGCGAUGUGGAUGAAAUACUAGUACUAGUACACCACAACAGCAUGAGGAUGCUGCCUCCUGCUGUGCAUGCUGGUAGUCCAAAAUUAUUUUCAUAUUCAAAACAUCAUUGUGUUCCUGUGACCACCUUCUUCUUCUUACUAGUAGUACUUCUAUAGUACUAGCAAUAUCCUCUCAUUUUACUAGUAGAAGUAGUUGUAGUAGCAGCAGCGCAACAACAGGGUAUCAGAAGACUACUAGACAUGAAGGUGCAAAUACUGACUUUUAUUUUGGGACGAAGGAAGUAUUUUCAUUUUUGUGAUGAGAAUCAUACGGACAGAAGAUUCGUUCGUUCAUUCGUUCAUUGUUUGAAAUUCGAUUUUUUGAUUGGCUCAUUCCUUUGUUGUUUCUUACGCUAGUUCAGCAUUAACCACCGCACGCAGCAAACGCACGAAAAAACGCUUGAUUUGCGGACGGCAUAAAAAGCUUCCGGAGAGCCAGCGCGCACGGUCAUUACGAUCAUUCCAGAAAUUAAAUUAAAUUGAAUCUCGAAAACUUCACGUAUCGAAUCGCAUGGUCUUCGUAACGGCACAUCAUUUCUGUCAUUUGAAUACAUCGACGACCAUCCUUGGAUAACUUUAUUGUCUACGUUAGGCAAGAUAGGAGUGACUUCGACCUAUUAUUAGUUCAAAAGAGUGAUCUAAGAAUACAGUUCCAAAGCUAAUAAAGCUAAUCGACACGUGAAAAUUAUUCUCAUCCAAUAAUUACAACUUUAUUCAAUUACGUCACAAGAUGAGCGACAAAACAGAGGAUCAAAACGGCAGCGCCAGUUCUCCGAAUUCGAAUUGGACCAAGGAACAACUCACUGGGAAAUCCGUCGUUUCUACAGCGGGACUCGCGGAAGCAACUGCGUCUAAGUUGACAGUUUCCCCGCCGAAACGCAAGUCGAUCGGAAAAGCUCCCAAGGACGAGGGCGUCGACCCCUCACUGUGGGGACGACCGGGCCAUUUGACGGACGCCCAAGCCGAUACGUAUGUAAGUAAAGAAUUGAGACGACCAAAGCAUUGAACAAACAAAGCGUUAAUCGAUGAAGGAAUUAGGACCUCCUGGAACCACGUGUGUGUGGUGACGGCUUCUGCGUUAAAUGGAUGUUGCAGUGAGCAAAUGCUCACGGCACCGAUUAUCUUCGAGAAGGAAGCUAAGAGAGAGAAGUAGAACGCAAAAGAUGGCAAAACCAGAAAUCUUGGAUCUUAUAUCCGAAUGGAAUUCAUUUGGAAACUKYAAAGUCUGGAAGAAAAGUUUCCUUUUUGGUAUGUGGACUAAAAGCAACAAAUUUGCGGGCAGGACGAAUUUCCAUGAUGCAUCGCAUCGAUAUGACUACUCGUUUGUUAGCGAGGUCAUUUGAUCGGUAAACUCGACCCAAACGCAAUCGUACGUUGUUGGCAACAUAGAGUAAUGGUACACCAUCCAUUUUGACGAUAGGCCUAGAAAACAUCGUCAGAGACGUUUUCAUGUCACUGAAAAUAGGUUGUAUGUGUCACGCAUUUUUGCUGGCAUUACUGAUGAAAAAUGAGAACGCGACAAUUAUCUCUUCCGCAUCGUGAAAAAUUUUCCUCCGUUCUGGUUGUCAGGAUCUUCGAUGACGACAAAAUCGAGUUUUUCAUCCUCCAUUCUUCCAUAGCGAUCCAUCCUCUCCCUAUCUCUUGCAAUUGUGAAAAUCUCGAAUUCAUACUCACUUCAAUCUUUCUACUUCUUGUUCUAUCGCGGCACCAUGGCAUCAUUGAAUCUCGCAACAUUCAUGGAACACCUGACACCCUGAUUUGGAAAACGACUGAUAGCUUCGAUUCAAAGAAAUUGUUGAUCUACGA